UUAGACAUCUUGUAAAGUCGUUUUCACUCUUGUCCCGACUCGCUGUGUAGCGGUCCAAAGCCAAUCAUAGUUUUAAACUGUCAUGCAUCACACCAGAUCACACGUAAAUGGGAAUCUAUCUUCUCGAGCGAACGCCUUCUCCGUUGAGUCGCUGAUAUCUCCCGAAAAUACAAACCAGGAGGCAUUAUCUACAAGAAUGGCAGCUUCGACAGGUCGUGGAUCACCAGACAACUCUGAACAAGAUCUGGCCACCGAAGCUCUAGGCUCAAUGCAAGCCAUGCAGAGUCGUGUUGGGUCUGAAGAAACAUUGGAAUGUGAAGACAUCACUAUUGAGCUGCAAAUGAGGGAUUUGUGGCAGCGUUUCUUUGAGUUGGGCACAGAAAUGAUAAUUACCAAAGCAGGCAGGCGCAUGUUUCCCGCCAUCCGAGUCAAAGUGAGUGGACUGGAUCCCAAAAGUUACUACAUGCUUAUGAUGGACGUGGUACCGCUGGACAACAAACGCUACAGAUACGCUUAUCACAGUUCUAAGUGGGUAGUGGCGGGAAAUGCUGACGCCCCCAUGCCAGGCCGCGUGUACAUUCACCCUGAUUCUCCCGCGCUUGGUGAAGAUUGGAUGAGACAAGUAGUAUCGUUCGACAAAGUCAAACUGACCAAUAACGAGCUUGAUCAACAAGGACACAUAAUUCUGCACUCCAUGCACAAAUACCAGCCCAGAAUUCACAUCAUCAAGAAAAAAGACACCUCGGACAUGGUCACUGUAGACGUGGAGAGACCUUCGUCGUUGAAAAAGACGUUCUUAUUUCCAGAUACGGUUUUUACAACGGUAACGGCGUACCAGAACCAACAGAUAACUCGAUUAAAAAUCGACAGUAAUCCCUUUGCAAAAGGAUUCAGAGACUCUGGCAGAGUAAGAGAUCCCAUGGAAGAGAUAAUGCAAGCCUAUUCUUACUACAGACCUGCCUCUGGAAGAACAUUACUUUACUCAAAUUUUGGAAGAGAUGAACAGCUUAGCCCUGAUCAAAGUUCUUGCUCCCAGCAUGCAACAGUGGCAGUACCUUCUCCUUAUCAGAACGUUCCCAUGAGUCCUACAAUGCCUCCUCAGACGCCAACUUGUCACUCAAACACAGCUUUCUCCGCUUUUAAUGGACACGCGUGUUUAUCGUCCCUUCCGCAUGGUGCCAUGGUGCCCACACAGUAUCAUAUGACCCCUUACUGCUCAGCCACAGAAACGUUCGGGACUUUUAGUCACGCGUUCCAUUCAGCAGUGUCACCGUUUUCAGCGUGCGCGGCAAAUGGCGUGAUCAACCAAUCAGAUAACGGCUUCAGUCAUCAGGGAAAUGGGUUCCAAGGAAAUCCCUACGCUACCACGCACGCGUUUACGACACAUACAGUAUGAAUAUCUUUGUUCUUUUCUUGUCUGCUUGGAAAACUUAUCACAACUUCCUAUAGAAUGAGUUGGACAGUACGUGGAUUUCGAUGACGAUCAGUUAUUGACAUUUUAUUGGGUAAUAUCAGAAGCAUAUCACCUAGUCUAGGUGAUAUGCUUCUGGUAAUAUUUCAUUAAUGCAGUUGAUUUUAUUGUUUGAUGUAAAUAUUCCUAGUUUUAUUGCUGUACAGUGUAAUUUGUCAGACUAUGGUGGUUCGUGAACUUUCUUAAUCCUUUCAAUGAUUUUGUUUGUUUAAAAAAUGAGAUUGUACACACGAAUCAAUUGUAAAUAUAAAGAACUACUUCCAACAAAUAAAAUUUUGUUUAUCUA